UGAUUUUCACGUUUAUUAUUUUUACACGCACCUUCAAAAAAAUACGGGAAACGUUUUUGAACACAAAAACAACAUUUGACAAGGAUAAAAUAGCUAUUAUGAGAAAGGUUCGAAUUGUCAACGGGCAGAAAGUUAAAAUAUCUCUCAAGUAAAAUGAUCAAGAAGCCGAAAUUUUGGAAACCAGGAGAGACAGCUCCAGGGCAAAGUCUCGAAGAAGAAAGAAAGUCUGGAAAAGAGACUGACAGCCAGGUUGCUGUGUAUAAUCCCAAUGUAUCACUAUCCAUUGAACAGCAGAGACAAAAACUUCCCAUAUUUAAAGUGAGGAACCAUAUCUUGUACCUUGUGGAGAAAUAUCAGACUGUGGUUAUAGUUGGAUCAACAGGUUGUGGUAAAAGCACUCAGAUUCCUCAGUAUUUAUUGGAGGCAGGUUGGUGUAAGGAAGGCCAUUUAAUUGGUGUGACACAGCCUAGGAGAGUAGCAGCUAUAACAGUUGCCAGCAGGAUAGCAGAAGAGCGUGGGACAUUACUGGGUGGAGAAAUUGGUUAUCUUAUCAGAUUUGAUGAUUGUUGUGAUGAAACCACUAGCGUAAAGUGUAUGACAGAUGGGAUGUUGAUAAGGGAGAUAAUGAAAGACCCAUUGUUAUCAAGAUACAGUGUGCUACUGUUAGAUGAGGUGCAUGAGAGAACAUUGUAUACAGAUAUAAUUCUUGGCCUUAUAAGAAAGAUUCAACAGAAGAGAGAAGAUUUACAUGUUAUAGUGGCGUCUGCAACAUUAGAUGCUGAGGAAAUCAAGGAUUUUUUCAACAGAAAUGAAACAGAUGACAAAAGUCUAGACACGGCAGCUAUUCUAAGUAUAGAAGGAAGAGCAUUUCCUGUUGAUAUUCAUUAUACCAUAGAUCCAGUACCAGAUUAUAUCAAGGCAACUGUAGAUACAAUUGUGAAGCUUCAUCGUAAUGAGAAACCCGGAGACGUUCUCGCUUUCCUCACAGGAAUGGAUGAAGUUGGCACAGUCACAAGAAUGCUGAUAGAAGAAGCAAAGCAGUUGCUGAAGAAACCAGAUGCAAUGAGAAUGAAAAUAGUUCCAAUGCACGGCAGUCUGCCUGCUGCAGAACAGAUGAAGGCUUUUGAAAGGACACCAAAGAAUUGUCGUAAAAUAGUUGUAGCUACCAACAUAGCGGAAACUUCUAUCACAAUAAAUGGCAUAGUGUAUAUUGUUGAUUGUGGGUUUGUGAAAAUAAGGACAUACCAUCCAAAAACAGGCAUAGAAAGUUUAGUGAUUGUACCAGUGUCACAGGCAUCUGCCAAUCAGAGGGCUGGUAGGGCAGGACGUGUACGGGCAGGCAAAGCUUACAGACUGUUUACAGAGGCUGAUUAUGAUAAAUUACCGGAGGCCACAGUGCCAGAGAUGCAGAGAUCAGACCUGGCUCCUGUUAUACUCCAGCUCAAAGCUUUGGGUAUUGCAAAUGUGUUAAGGUUCCAUUUUCUAUCAGCACCCCCAGCUCAGAACAUGGUGCGAGGCCUGGAACUGUUGUAUGCACUUGGAGCUUUAGAUGACAAUGGCAAUCUAACAUCUCCGCUGGGUCUUAGAAUGGCGGAGUUUCCUCUUACACCAAUGUUUUCUAAGAUGUUGCUUGUCUCAGGAGAGUUUGGUUGUUCAGAGGAGGCGGUUAUCAUAGCGGCCAUGUCACAGAUACAGAAUGUGUUUGUAUCACCUAGUGGACAGAAACAUACAGCUAAUCGAAUCAGAAGAAAGUUUUCAGUUGAAGAAGGGGACCAUGUAUCAUUAGUGAAUGUAUACAGAGCUUUUAUUAAGUAUGAUAAAUCAGCAAAAUGGUGUCAUGAGAACUUACUAAAUUUUAAAGGCCUGGUGCGUGCUACAGAGAUUCGAGAACAAUUGCUGAGGAUGAUAAAAAGGUUUAACAUACCUGUGAUAUCAUGUGAAGGUAGGUGGACAAUAAAUGACACCAGUCCUCAAGGUUUCAAGACAUUUUCAUGA